AUGGCGAGACUGAAGCCCAGCGUGAACCUCUUCGCGCUCCUCGACCGCAACGAUCCCGGCGACAAGCUCGUCCCCGACUUCGACAACGCCGAUGCCAAACAAGAAGUGACGGCGGCCAAGCACAAGAAGAAGCCGACGCCGGCCGCCGAUCAUACCAAGGAUCUACUCGGCCAGGCCUACCCUUCUGCCCGGGAUUACGUAAUCAGGAAAAACCAGCGGGAGAGACAGGCCAGGGCCAAGGCAAAGGCGGAAGCGGAGGCAAGGGCGAAGGCGGAAGCGGAGGCAAGAGCGAAGGCGAAGGCGAGCAAUGGAGUUUCCGGUGAUGAUAAGAGCGCAGGGGCUUCGGCGGAUAGCAGCAAGGCACAGGGCGCAGCAAAGCAAGGUAGAUAUUACAAUAACAACAACUACAACGGAGCAUCGAGGAAUCAGCAAUUCGGCAUGCCGGGAAGAUUCGAAGCGCUAAGGAGGCAGCAAGGCAGCAUGUCCAUGAACGAGGCGCCCCCUGCAGAAGGCGUCGAGGCGCCGCCGGCUCCCCAGCAGGCUCCUCCGCCGCCGCCACCGAGCCUAGAUGACACCACCGAGUUCCCUUCGCUGAAGUGGUGCUAG